AUGUGCGGAUUCAAACAUAUGAAGGUUAAGCUGGUCACACGACUGCGUCAGGGCAAGAGCAUUGUCCACGAUUCAGAGUUUUUCAUGAGGACGGACGGAUCGAUUCGACUGGGUAAUAUGGUGGACUACCUGAUGAAACAUCAGAAUACCGAUGAAGAAAUAUUCUAUACGGAUUUGUGGAAACAGUGCUGCAUGGACUGCAGGAUAUUUGGUCCGAGAGCCGAACGCGCUUUUGGAGGUCAGAACAUGGACGACGAGUGGGAGUUGCCUUACUUGCCGGAUCAUGAAAAAGCGGGCACAUUUGAUGCCGGGUUCAAAGUUAAAGACCUCAAGCUAAUGAAUGGUUUGCCCGAGUAUCGCAAUGGAGGGCAAAGUCUCUCAACAUUCUAA